AGUUGGUGCGUGAUCACAAUUUAUGUUGUUAGCUGUUUGUCGUGCAACGGUUGGUUUGUUGUUAUCAGAAUUUUGUUAUCAUGGUGCUGGGUCCGGAGGUUUUCAUGUACAAACUGCUCUUUAAUAAAGCUUGUAAUGAAUAUACUGAUGACCAGGUCAACGGUUUGAGAAAUAAACUUAGAGGAGAGGACGAGCCGACUAUGGACAUGGUUGAUGAGCUUCUGGAGUAUUUGGACGGAGAGCUUCCCAAAGCGGACCAGAGUGAUGUGGAGAGUGUUUUAGAUAUGGCAGCUCCGGUCCUCGCAGCGCUCCUGGUACCCAUGAAACAGAAAUACGACAGAAUAGUGGAGAUCAAGGAAGAGGUGACUGAAGCCAUCACUGACGUUGUCCCAGUUGAGGAGAUAGUCCAGGAUUACGAGGAAACUCUCGACGAUUUGAAAGACUUUUGCAAGCACAUCUCACAAGAGGUUGAGGUUAAUUGGCAGGACAACUUGGAUGAGCUGCACAGGAAACUUUGGGAAUUAGAUUCCACCAUGGCCAUGUCCGAACUGGAGGAUUUCUCCCUUUCCUCUUUCGACAAUACUGUUCCUGCCUAUCCGGCAAGAUUGAGAAGGCAAAUGUCUGAACUAGAAAGUGAUAACUAUAAGGUAUUGGAGUCCCCUGAUUUGAAUCUGAGGCGCCAGGUGUCUGAAUAUGAUAACUAUAAGGUAUUGGAGUCCCCUGAUUUGAAUCUGAGGCGCCAGGUGUCUGAAUAUGAUAACUGUAAGGUAUUGGAGUCCCCUGAUUUGAGGCUGAGGCGCCAGGUGUCUGAAUAUGAAGAGCUUCCAUUCACUAAUUGUAUUUCGACGAGACCAUUUGUCGCUGAAAUGGCCAGGUUGACUCCAGAGAGGUUCCAGUCUCCAACACAAUCCGCGGGAACCUCACCGACAACAAGCAACGUUGUGGUCAACAUAUUGCCCAGUUUUGAAAUUUCGAACUUAGAAAUAUCACCGGCCUCCAGCAGGUCCAUAAGUCCAAUCCAGGGUCUUCACUCUCAAUACAGUUUUAGCUCAAUGGCUAAUAAUGACAGGGCCCAGUCUCCUGGUGUGUUUUACAGCGCUUGUCACAGUCGCCGACAAAGUAACGGCACUAACGGCAGCGAUCUCAUCUCUAGAUACGUCUCAGCUAAACACCCCCAACUCUAUCACUCGGAACAGUUCAAGGACUUUUCCAGCCGAAGAUCAAGCUUAAACUACAGCCAGACCUUGUACGAUUUAAGCCACUUUGAAGAUAGCCACUCCACCUCCACCACGGACAGCCUCAACCGAAGACAUGUGUCCAGAAAGAAGAGUGCACUAUCGUUUCUCGUAGAAUAUGUUAAAUACAAGAUAGGAUCAGAAAAAACCAGCAAUUUCCCUAAUCCAGUUGAAAUUGAAAACAUACGCGAGGAGGAGGAAGUAAAGAUAAAGAUUACGAGAAGCUCUGUUUCGUCGGAAUAAUAACUCGUGUAGAAAUCAAUUAUAUUUAAACGAUCUUAUUUUAUGAAUCUCCAGUCUCCACUCACUGCAAAAACAAAUACAUCAUGUAUUGUCGACGUUUCGGCUACACGCCAUCGACGAAACGUUGAGAUUACUCUUCGCAUAGCUGCAAGUUGCAAGACACAAUUGUUAAAUUAACUAACACCUAACACAUCCCCUCUGCAGGUGAUUUGUAAAGAGUAAUCUCAACGUUUUGACACGCCAAAACGUCGACAGUACAUGGUGUAUUUUGUUUAACAGUGAGUGGAGACUCUCAUUUCGCCCACAGUUUAAUCUAUCAUGAUCACUCAAUAGAGCGAAAAACCAAACAUGUCCCAUACUUAAUGUUAUAUGUAAGAGAUGCUACAAAUUGUUAAUUUGGUUUUAUUUAUUGUAAAAUAUGUCAAUAUUUUGAUGGUAAUUAGUCAAAUAGUGGUUUGAUUUCAUUCAUAAACAAGGGUUAUGAUUUUAAUUCAAGACCCAUUAACUGAAUAACUUUGAUGGUUAUAUUUGCUGUUAUAUUUCGUUUUAAAAAUUCAACUGCAUUUUUAAAUUUUCAUAAGCGCAUA